GUGGCAGCAUCCUGGCCGACAUGGAGCUGCCACAGAUGCCGGAGCUGAUGGGGCUCUCUCUCUUGGUCGGGCUGCUGGCCCUGGUGGCGACGGCGGCGGUAGCGCGGGGGUGGCUGCGCGCAGAGGAGGAGACGAGCAGCCGAACUGCCGGCCAAAAACCAAAUGGAUUGCCACUUGACAAGUCCUUGAGAUCCAAGAAGCAGAAACAGCAACAGCGUAAUCGCAAGGAGAAACCUCAACAACACAACUUCACCCACCGCCUCCUGGCUGCAGCACUGAAGAGCCACAGUGGGAACAUAUCUUGCAUGGACUUUAGCAGCAAUGGCAAGUACCUGGCCACCUGUGCAGAUGAUCGCACCGUUCGCAUCUGGAGCACAAAGGACUUCCAGCAGAGGGAGCACCGAAGCAUGAGAGCCAAUGUGGAGCUGGACCAUGCCACCCUGGUGCGCUUCAGCCCUGACUGCAGAGCCUUCAUUGUUUGGCUGGCCAAUGGAGAUACCCUCCGUGUCUUUAAGAUGACCAAGCGAGAGGAUGGGGGAUAUACCUUCACAGCCACCCCAGAGGACUUUCCUAAAAAGCACAAGGCACCUGUCAUCAACAUUGGCAUUGCUGACACAGGAAAGUUCAUCAUGACUGCUUCCAGUGACACAGCUAUCCUCAUCUGGAAUCUGAAAGGUCAGGUGUUAUCUACCAUUAACACCAACCAGAUGAACAAUACACAUGCUGCUAUAUCCCCUUGUAGCAGGUUUGUGGCAUCGUGUGGCUUCACCCCGGAUGUCAAAGUUUGGGAAGUCUGCUUUGGGAAAAAAGGUGACUUCCAAGAGGUUGUACGAGCCUUUGAACUGAAGGGCCACUCGGCAGCUGUUCACUUCUUUGCUUUCUCCAAUGACUCCCGGAGGAUGGCCUCUGUCUCCAAGGAUGGUACAUGGAAACUGUGGGACACAGAUGUGGAAUACAAGAAGCAGCAGGACCCCUACUUGCUGAGGACAGGCCGCUUUGAAGAGGCGAGCACCAUUCCGUGCCGCUUGGCACUCUCCCCUGAUGCCCAAGUCCUGGCCUUGGCCAGUGGCAGCAGUAUUUAUCUCUACAAUACCCGGCGGGGUGAGAAAGAAGAGUGCUUUGAGCACGUCCAUGGGGAGUGUAUCACUGACUUGUCCUUUGACAUCACUGGCCGGCUUCUGGCCUCCUGUGGGGACCGAGCAGUGCGGCUGUUCCAUAAUGCCCCUGGCCACCGGGCAGUGGUGGAAGAAAUGCAGGGCCUCCUGAAGCGAGCUUCCAAUGAGAGCACCCGCCAGAGGCUGCAACAGCAGCUGACCCAGGCCCAGGAGGCCCUGAAGAGCCUUGGUGCCUUGAAGAAAUGACUCCAGGAGGGUGCAGCAGGAAGGAUCUGGCCUGCUGCUGCCACCACUGCUGCCUCUUUUCUUCCCAGGUAUUCCCCAGCUGGAAACCUUUUGAAAGGGGUAUCCUGAUUUUUUUUAAUGGUGGCCCCUUUCUUUUUUUCCCCAUUGAAGCUGUUCUUGCCUACUUAGAUCUCUCUCUAUUCUUGCUGGUUAUGACUCCUAUCUUACUUGACCUCCUAGUAUAAUGACCAAGGUGCUUUUUCCUGGGCCCAAAGGGUAGAAUCUGUCUUCAUUGGGCACUGAGGAGAGUGGUAAAUAGAGACAGGGAUAAUGGUCUUUGACCUUGUGGCAAUACACCCUGGUAUCCAAAGAAGUUUGUAAUUGUAGAGGCAAAAUCUAAAGAAUGCCUGAGUACUAGCAGGGGUGGGAGAUUGGGAUAUCUUCCAAAUACAGAACUGUGAUAUGGGUCAGGGAAAGGCUAGUCUUAAUCCAGGCAAAGUAGCUAACACCAGCAAAAAGUAAAGGGAUUUUAUUCUGUGCCUCAGUUUUCUUAUUUGUAAAAUGGAAAAUAAUCUUUUGACCUCCUUAGAAAGACGUGGGGAUCCCUAGAUUUGGAAGAAACGUAGAAAAGAGUAGUAGUAUAUGUUAUCUGUUGUCCAAUAUCAUUUAUUAAGUAAUGGGUAAAAGUAGGUCUCAAACACAUUUAGUUCGAAACUAAAUUAGGAAGAAAAACAUUCGUUGGGAAGGUGAAGUUUCUGGGAUUAUACAUUUCGUAUCUGGUACUACUUUAACUUGUAUGGAGGAAUCAUAGAAUCCCAAAAUGGAGUCUUCUUUUUCAGGAUGUUAUAUCCUGUUGGAGGGGGGGACACUUUUUCAGGUCGUUAAACAUUUGAGUGCCUACUCUGCCCAUCACAGUUUAAGACAUUAGAGACAAGUAUGAAUAAGAAUGAUCUCUGUCAUCCUGGCUGGUUUGGCUCAGCGGUUAGAGCG